AAUAAAUUUUGGCAGCGAUGGAAGAACUAGAAAAGGAGAAGAAGAGAUUCAGACAUUAUUUUCAUUUCAAUCUCUUCAAAAUUUCACUGGAGAUUGGAAAACAAAAAUUAGAGUGUAUAGAUUGAUCGAUGGAUCUACAUGUUCAGUAAUCAGUAUUACAGUAUAGUUGUAGUAACAUAAUCAAUAUUAAUGCUAAUAAUAACAUUGUUUUGAUUAAAUCAAUUUAAUUAGGGUUUUAUUGUAUAUUGGUUCUUAUCACUGUCUUUUCUCUCUCUCAAAUCAGAUUCAGAUCUGAGUAAAAUUUUGAUUUCGGUUUGUUAAAUCAGAUUCAGAUCUCUUCUGAAAAUAUUUUGGUGUUUCUGUUACUGGGAAACAGAUGAGAGUUGGGAUUUGAGUAAGGGUAUAGUAAUCAAUGUGAGAAAGAAAUGGGAGUAGAUGAAGGAUGAACAAAUUUGGGGAUGACGACGAAGAAGAAGACUACUUCUACGAGUCUCUAGAUCGGAUUCUUUCUUCAUCUUCAUCUUCUUCUUCUUCUUCUUCAGCAGCAGAAGAAGAAGAUAAUAACUGUAACGGUUUCAGUAUCCCGAAUUAUGCAUCAUCAAUUCCUAGAUUUCCAAUGUCUGUCUCAAAUUACGACAUUUGGAUUUCUGAACCUUCUUCUAUCCAAGAACGCCGUAAAAGUCUUCUCCGAGAAAUGGGGUUGAGUUCAAAUGCAUCUGUUUGUCGUUUGAAAUCAACAGUCUCCUCUACUAAUUACGGAAGAUCCGUUUCUUCUGAUUUCAUUCAUCAACCAGAUAACACAAUUGUUUCGGAUAUCAGUUCGGAUUCCAACGGUGUUGUUCGAUCUAAAUCUGACGGCGUCGGUGUAUGUUGCUCCACUUCUGGUUAUGAUCAUAGUAAUUCUUCUAACUUUUCUCCUUCUAUUAAUUCAAUUAGUUCAGUUACUGAGACCCAUUUGUUUGAUGUAAAUAAACCUCAUAGUGAUCAGUGUGAUGGAUCCCUUAAGCUCCCACUUGGGAAACCAUUACAUACAGUGGAAGAGAGUGGAAUUGAUUCCACAAAUGUGGAACCUAACUCUAACUUGAAUACAUCGCCUAGUAAUCCCUGUUGUGGGAAUUUUGAUGAAGAUUUACAUAGUGAUGAAAUCGUUAAAGACCCAGACUUAGUUUGCACAAUUAAGAAUUUGGAUAACGGCAAGGAGUUUGUUGUUAAUGAGUUCAGAGAGGAUGGUAUGUGGAACACACUUAGGGAAGUUGGGACUGAUCGACAACUAACAAUGGAAGAAUUCCAAAUGUCUGUUGGGCAUUCACCCAUUGUCCAAGAACUAAUGAGAAGGCAAAAUGUUGAAGAAUUGAAUGGCAAGAAGGAUGGGUGUGACUCUAGUGGAAACAAUGGUGGUGGAAUGAAAUCAAAAAAGAAAGGGAGUUGGUUCAAAAACAUAAGAAAUGUUGCAAGCUCUGUAACUGGUCAUAGAGAGAGGAGUAGUGAUGAGAGGGAUACUUCGUCGGAGAGAGGAGGCAGGAGGUCAAGUUCUGCAACAGAUGACAGUCAAGAUGUUUCUUUUCUUGGCCCCGAGAGGGCCAGGGUCCGGCAAUACGGAAAGUCUUGCAAAGAGCUCUCAGCGCUAUACAAGAGUCAGGAAAUUCAUGCCCAUAAUGGAUCUAUUUGGAGCAUUAAAUUCAGCUUGGAUGGGAGGUAUAUUGCAAGCGCUGGCGAGGACUGUGUUAUUCAUAUAUGGCAGGUCGUUGAAUCAGAAAGAAAGGGAGAUUUAUUGAUGGAGAAAUCAGAAGAUGGGAAUUCACAUUUUUAUUUUUCCAUUAACAGCUCUGCUGAAUUAACAUUGGUGUCUUCGAAUGUGGAAAACCAAUUGGAGAAAAAAAGAAGAGGAAGGCCGUCUAUUAGCCGGAAAUCUAUUAGUUUGGACCAUAUAUUGAUUCCAGAGAGUGUCUUUGCGCUUUCAGAAAGGCCUGUCUGCUCUUUUCGAGGCCAUCUUGCUGAUGUUCUUGACCUUUCCUGGUCCAAGUCUCAGUAUUUGCUGUCAUCGUCAAUGGACAAAACAGUUCGGCUGUGGCACAUGUCUAGCAAUUCCUGCUUGAAAACAUUCACUCAUAGUGAUUAUGUAACAUGCAUCCAGUUCAAUCCUGUUGAUGAUAGAUACUUCAUAAGUGGAUCAUUAGAUGCUAAGGUUAGAAUCUGGAGUAUUCCGGAUCGUCAGGUUGUUGAUUGGAAUGAUUUGCACGAAAUGGUCACUGCUGCCUGCUACACACCUGAUGGCCAGGGUGCAUUAGUUGGCUCAUACAAGGGGACCUGCUGUCUAUACAACACAUCUGAGAAUAAGCUGCACAAAAAAAGUAGAAUUAAUCUGCAGAACAAGAAAAAGAGAUCUCAUCUGAAGAAAAUAACUGGUUUCGAGUUUGCCCCAGGGAGCUCCUCAGAAGUGCUCAUUACAUCUGCAGAUUCACGAAUCCGCGUCGUCGAUGGUGUUGAUCUAGUUCACAAGUUCAAAGGGUUUCGCAACACAAGUAGCCAAAUCUCGGCAUCUUUGACUGCAAAUGGGAAAUACGUUGUAUGUGCAAGUGGGGAUUCAAAUGUGUAUGUGUGGAAACAUGAAGGUGAUUCAAGACCAAGCAGAAGUAAAAGCGUCACCGUCACACAUUCUUAUGAACAUUUUCACUGUCCAGAUGUAUCAGUAGCAAUUCCUUGGACUGGCUUAGGCGGAACAGAUGGAAUACGAGAUAGUUACAACGGGGUUCUCAAUGAGUUUGGUAUUCGUUCUCUUAUUCACGUCGAGGACGAAAGUAAUGUACGGAGGCAGUCUCCACCUACAGUGAAUAGAUGUGCCAGUAGCCCACUUCCCAGUACCCUAUCAAGUUUAAACAACAGUUACUUCUUUGAUAGAUUCUCAGUAACAUGGCCAGAGGAAAAGUUACUUCCGGCCACUAGGAAUCAUCGAAGCCUUCAUAGCAGCGUAGACUUUUCAAAUGGGGUAAAACAAGGUAGAUCAUCAGCUUGGGGAAUGGUAAUUGUGACUGCAGGUCUCCGAGGUGAACUUAGAACUUUCCAAAAUUUUGGACUACCAGUUCGGCUUUAAGGUGGGGGGUUUCAGAAAAUGGGCACAUUAUUUCCAAAAACUGAACUAGCUUCCCAGAGUUGCCAACAAGGGAAAAUGGCGGAUCUGUGUAUAGAAAAUAGAUCUCAAGUGUGGCUCGUGAUAUAUGUUUCUGGGUUGUAUCCUUCCAUGUAUGAAAUUGGAAAUACCCCGUCAGUAUCUCAGAAUGGGGUAAUAUUUUAGGUUAAAGGUAGGGGUCUAAUUGGUUCAGUCUCAACUUGGAGACGUUAUAUAAUUGUACAAAUCAAGGUCAUUGAUAUAAUUUUUUUUUUUUUUUUCAUUUUUUAGUGAAACAGAAAACUAACAAUUGGAAUAACAUUUUAACUAUAAAUCAGAAUUCAA